AUGCCAGGUAGGCUGGGUCAAGACCUUCCCCGAUCGUUGUUCAACAAAUGCGAGUUCAUCUCCAGCGGCGCCACCGGAUGGGUUUUCGAAGUCGCGCCUGGUAUCGCUCUCAAAUUCCUUCGCGCAGGCCGUGACGACGAUUUCCGCCGCGAGAACGAAACCUACGCGCUGAUUGAGCAGAGCAACCCACCACCGCCCCCACACUUCAUCCGAAGCUUUCUGCGGCUCCCCUACGCGCACUUUAUGCAACUGAUGCCCGACAGCCUCGACUCUCGCCUGCGAGCUAACCGGCGCCAAGACCCCAAGACUCUUAAGUGCUUCGAAGUCUUACGCCUGGAGCCGACGGCUAAGAUUGAGCAGUGGGCUGCGGAGCUGUCCAGCGCGCUCGCCUGGCUGGAGUCUAUUGGGCUGGUCCAGGGGGACCUACGCCCGUCAAACCUCCUCCUCGACAGCGAGGAUCAUAUGAAGCUGGUCGACUUUGACAGCUGCGCCAAGAUCGGAGACCUGGAUCCCGGGCUUCCGCCGCCAUGGUCCUCUCCUAAUCACCACCUUUAUGGGGCCGAGACCGAGCAGUUUGGGUUCGGCUCGAUCCUCUACAACAUGACGCGCGGCCUCGAGCCGUACGAGGAUAAGGUCCCAGAGACCGUCGAGUUCUUCCUAUAUAACAAGAAUGAGGACGACAUGCGAAGCACUACUACGUACUAA